CUGUUUGUAGUUUUAGUAUUGUAAAGACUGUGUCUCAUUAGCAUGAAUUGCUACUUUGUGCUAUGAUGGCAACAAAGUGGCUACCAUUGUUGACAAGGGGAGUCUGUUCAUGCUCCCGCCCACUCCAAUACUGAACACAGCUCGUGCAACACACACCCGCCCUUCACGAGAUCCUGCAUCAUCAACAAGUAUUCGCCAUCUUCGCACACGCCGUAUACGUACUCAUGCGCGUUAAUGCGGUACUUGUCGCCACCUCUCUCUUCCUGGAAAGUGUUUAAACAGCGAUGGGCAAGAGGUUGAAGCGCCUGGUGGAGGUGGUGAACAAGCCGCACCUCUUCGGCGUGUUGAGGCAGCAGGAGGAGGACGAGGAGGACUGGAAGCCGUCGAAGGAGGCGGUGAAGGAGGCGAGGGGGCUAAUCUUCACGGAGGAGGACUACGCCGAGACCAGAUGUGGUUUUGGCUCCUUCUCGCCCCCUUGGCUGCAGGUACUGGCGCGGAAGGAGGUGUACCUGGCGGUGUACUGCAUGGUGGGGCUGGUGCAGGGAAUGUUCUUCUCCUACAUGGUGUCUGUCAUCUCCACACUAGAGAAACGAUUCAAACUGACCAGCAAGCAGACAGGUACCAUCCUCUGCGGCAAUGACAUAUCGCAGGUGAUCUUGGCAAUGGUCCUCGGUUACUAUGGGAACUAUGGGAACCGUCCCCGCUGGGUGGGCGUGGGGGUCCUCUGCGCCGCCAUCAGCUGUUUCCUUGCCGCGCUGCCCCAUCUGCUGUACGGGCCUGGCCAGGACGCCCUCGACCUGGUGGCGGCCAUGAACGCUCACAGGGACAACACGCUGGACAAUACUACUGUCAGGGUGAAAAAGAUGGAGGUGUGUCACAGUUACUCGGGGGACGCUUGUGACGAAGGCCAGGACGGGAUUCUGGGCGGCCUUGCGCAGAGUGGCAGUAACACAGCAUACAUUGGACCCAUCAUCCUCUUCUUCGUGUCACAGUUUUUCGUGGGCAUCUCCAUCAGCCUCUUCUACAGCAUCGGCCUCACCUACCUGGACGACAAUGUCAACAAAAAAACCUACCCUCUGUAUUACUCCAUGAGCCUGCUGCUGAGGAUCCUUGGCCCCGUGCUUGGUUACCUAGUAGGGGGACGCUGCCUCUCCAUGUGGAUCGACCCCACCCAGAACCCCAACUUGAGCCUCCGUGACCCUCGCUGGCUGGGAGCGUGGUGGCUGGGCUUCGUGUUCUUGGGGUGCGGCCUGACGUGUGUGGGUUCCCUGCUGUUCUUGUUCCCCCGCCGCCUGCCGGGAACGCUCACGAGGGAGGCGAAGAGGGUGGCGCGCCAGGCAGAGAAGGAGAAGGCGCAGGAGGCGGCUGCUGUUGAAGGAGGCAUGGGAGGAGGAGGAGGAGGAGGAACACGAGGCCUGGAGUACUUCGCCUCUCUGGCCAGAGUCAAGAAGCAGGAGGAAGAGAAACCUACUCUGAGCAACCUGCGUGUCGCCCUGGGUCGCCUCUUCAGGAACAAGCUGUGGCUGGGGAACCUCUUCAACACGGUGGUGGUGGUGUUCGCCUACUCCGGAUACUGGAAUUUCAAGCCAAAGUACCUGGAGAACCAAUUCAGGAGGAGCGCAGCAGAGGCCACCUACUACACGGGUGUGGUAAGUCUGGCUUCCGUGCUGAUGGGCACCGUGAUGGGCGGCAUCAUCAUGCGGUGGGUGCGACCACGUCCUCACUUCGUGGCGGCCUACAACGUGUUCAUCACCCUGUUCGUGAGUGCGGGAUUCGUGGGGCUCAUGUUCCUCGGCUGCCCCAAGCUGAAUGUCGUCGGCCCCGUGGAGGGGUCCCCGGUGCCGCCCUGCUCCCUGGACUGCGGCUGCUCUGACAGGUUCUCGCCAAUGUGCUCUGAAGACAACGUGACACUCUUCUACUCCGCCUGCUACGCCGCUUGCUCCUCCGUGGACACCUUCGCUAACCCCGUGGUCUUCAGUGGAUGUGGCUGCAUCGACAACUCCACCUUUACUUCCACCUCCACCUCCACCAUAUCAUCUACCUUGGCCUCCUACGCCUCCUCCACCUGGCCUUCCUCACUCCCAGCCUUCCCCGUGCAGGGCGAAAUGUUUGCGAGGGAGGGCGGCGGGGACGGCUUCGGGGUGAGCGGGUACUGUCCUGAGCAAUGCGAGAGGCCUUUCUAUUACUACCUCAUCACGCAGAUCAUCAUUAAGACAGUCUCCUCCACGGGCAGAGUCGGCAGUAGCGUCUUGUUGAUUCGGUCAGUGGCGGACAAGGACAAGGGCCUGGCGCUGGGCACCCUCACGGUCUUCAUGAGCCUCUUCGCCUUCAUCCCCGCGCCCAUCACCAUUGGGGCCAUCAUAGACUCGUCCUGCCUGGUCUGGGAUACCUCGUGCGGCAGGACUGGAAACUGUUGGCUCUACGACAGCGAUAAGUUUCGCAUUAUUAUACAUCUGGUGCCCGCGUUGGUGGUCCUGCUGUCAGUACUGGGGGACCUGGUGGUGUUGUGGUACAGCCGCAAAAUGGACCUGUACGGGGAGAGGGACAACCUGGAGUUGGACGUCACGCCGCCCACCACGCCCGCCACGCCCCUCACGCCGGACACGCCCUCAGCACCCCUGCUCGACUCCCCACCUCAGCGAGCACCGCCACUCCCUGACAACCUCAACCACAACUCUCACUUACACGCCCUCCCACACUCACGCCCACGUUCACGCGCGCACUCACUCACGCACUCGCUCACGCAUUCCCGCAUGCACUCCCGCAACCCGUCCCAGGAGUCCUUGCCGCUGUGCCCUCCUCCCGAGUACCAUUACGUGGACAGUUGAGUGGUUCGUAAGUAAGCGAUUCGAUCCUGCAUAUGUGGUGGUGUAUGUGACCUGAUCCUCUUACUGUAGUCUUUUGUGCGAUUUGAUCCUCACCUCUACUUUUUUUUUUUUCUUUGGUUUGCUGUAUAUUUCUGCUGCUUCCUCCCCUCUUCCCAUUUUUUUAUGUUCAAGUAAUAUAUAUAUAUAUAUAUAUAUAUAUAUAUAUAUAUAUAUAUAUAUAUAUAUAUAUAUAUAUAUAUAUAUAUAUAUAUAUAUAUAUAUAUAUAUAUAUAUAUAUAUAUAUAUAUAUAUAUUUUUUUUUAGCUUUUGUUUGUGUGGGUUUCUUUUUUAAGAUUUUUCCUUUCCUCAUCCUCUUUUUAUUUGUUUAUUUUUUUAAUGUCUAAUGCGAAUCUGUUUAUUUCAUGUAUGAGAGAGAGAGAGAGAGAGAGAGAGAGAGAGAGAGAGAGAGAGAGAGAGAGAGAGAGAGAGAGAGAGAGAGCGCUCGUGUGUGUGUGUGUGUGUGAGCGGCUGUGGUGGGACAAGUGAGAGGCAGAUGGAAGUGAGAGAGGGAGUGAGAGGGUGAGGGAGGGAGGGAGAGGAAGGCCGGGCGGUGAUGCGGGUGUGGUAUAAAUGCAAGCUUGAGGCGCUGACUGCUGCGGGGAGGAAGACGAAGAGUGGAAGGAGAGGAAAUUGUGGGGAAGUGUUGGUGGAGACUUUGAGAAAAGGUGACGUGAUGCGCAGUGUGUUGUAAUGAAAAUAAGGAUGAAAACUAAAAUAAUGAUGGUAAUGAUGAUGAUGACAAUGAAGUGACGUGCAGUGUGUUGCCUUGAUAGUAAUGAUGGUAAUCAAAUGUGCGUACGUAUAGAAUCGAAACAUAGUUGUAUGUUAAGUGAUGGAAGAAAUAUUGAUAGUGUCACUAAUAUUGGCGUUAGAAGAAUAAGAAAAGAAAAGAAAAUUUGCCCUCACUGAAUUAUCAGAAAGUAAGAAGAGAAAAAGAAAGUACCGUAAAAAUAAGUAAUUGUUCUGACUAGUGUGUUUUCAGAAAGUGUUAAUUAAACUGCUCGUAAAGAAAAAAAAAAAAAGAAAAAAGAAAGAUAAAAUUGAAUUCGUAUUUCAAAGAAGAAAAAAUAAAUAAAUAAAUAAACACUCAAUUAACGCUGUAGUAUUUUGUUAAGCGCACAUUUUAGUGAUUCAGUAGUCAGUGUUGUAAAAGACCUGCUCCCCAAGUAGUUCGAGGUAGUUUGGGAAAAGAAAAGAAAAGAAAAGAAAGUAAAAAUAGAAAGUAGGAGAUCAGUGUUUCAGAUGAUGGUUCAUGAUUGCAGGCAGUGCGUGUUUCGAAAUGUUUUGCAAAGGUCCACUCCAUUCUGGUGUGGGAGCGAGCAAGGCGGGGUGAUUGGCCGGGGUUUGGGUGUCUCCGUGUUUCAUGAUGUUCUUGAUCGUAGGACUUGUCUGAACGAGGGAGUGAGUAUGUGUAAUAUUCUAUGUAUACUAGUAACACACACACACACACACACACACACACACGCUUUAACACAUCAGUGAAAUGUAAAUAUAGAUGUGAUGUGUAAGGCGUAAUAGAUCUGAGAGAGAGAGAGAGAGAGAGAGAGAGAGAGAGAGAGAGAGAGAGAGAGAGAAGUAUCCCCUAUCAUUCAACUCAACUUUGUCAUAAUAGAAAACGUAAGCACUGGAUUCACUGCUUCACAAGGCUCAUUCUAUCUCGUGAGUCCUGCGCUGCAUCAAGGAGAGGCUCGGAGCUUCAGGGGUUCGAAGUGAGAGGUUCGUACCAGUGUUACGUGAGAAUAAUAGUUUAAACCGAUUCACUUUUAAACAUAUCUCCUCCAUAAUCACUUACAAUUUAUCUCAAACACUUAUUUAUUGUACUACAGUCUCCUAAGUAAUUCUGUAGCUUAGAAAAGACAUAAUUAACAUUCUAUUUUGCUAUAUUUGUCUGUGUGUCCGUAUAUUGCUAUGGGUGGUAAAAAAAGACUGCCAGUAAACAGGUUUGAUAGAAGUGAUGAGGACAAAGAGCACAAUGUGGGGAAGAUUGUUAUAAUACAGCCAUUAAAGAAAAGAGGAAAGGAAAGAAAAAGGAAUUGGAUUGAUACCACUACCAACAUCGUUUCUUUUUGUUUUGUUUUCUUUAUUUUCUUGAGGUGCCAAAAAGAGAGAAAAAAAAAUUUCUCUCGCCACCAAACAUUUUUUCUUUCUUUUUAUUGUCUUUGUUUUCUUGAAGUGUUAUAAAGAAAAAAAAGUACUUUAUGAAUUCUUCUCGUGUGUAAAGAAAAGAUUCGUCUCGCAAGAUUUUAUGAAUGAAAAAAUAUUAAUAAGGUUUAAGCCGCCACCACCAAACCCAUUCUUUGUUGUCUCUGCUUUCUCGACGUAAAAAUACCGAUGCGAACGUACUUUUCGUGCGUAAGAAGAGAUUCUGAUUCGCAAGGUAAUGAAAGAAAGUGAGAAAAAUGAUGUAAGAGCCAACUCUACAUUAUGCAAGAGCCAACUCUACAUUCUUUUUGUAUUUUAUUCUAUCUUUUUUUUUGGGGGGGAGGUUGGAAAAAAGAGUGGAAUAUUAAUGUACAAAGCAGGUGUGUUUCAUCGGAUACUACAAGAAAACAGAGAAAAUUAAUGAAAAUAAACGAUUAUGUAAGAUUUAUGCCUCACAGCCAAAUCCCAACAUUGUGAGAUAAAAAAAAAGUAUAUAUAUAAACUUUUCGUAAAGUACAAAAGAGAUUAGCUUCACGAGAAAUAAAAGGAAAAAAAAUGAAAAAUGGUUUUACAAUAUUCAAGCUGCCAAAGUUAAAUAUUCUCGAAUAAGUGUUGUUUUUGUCUGGAAAAAAAUAUAUAUAUGCAAACUUUUCCUUUUAUACGUGUAAAAUAAAGAAAUUAGUUUCGUAAAAUAAUGAAUGAAAAAGAAAAAAAAAGACAAAAGUAUCCCUGUUGAAUUAUAUAUUUUGAAAGUGUACGAUAGUCAUUUGUUCCCAUAUGAAUAUUAUACAUUCCAUUUCUAUUAUUAUUAUUAUUAUUAUUAUUAUUAUUAUUAUUAUUAUUAUUAUUAUUAUUUAAGUGUUCAUCGCUGUCAAAAAUUAUGGUUCACUCCUCUGCUUUACCUUUAAGAAUUCUCAUUAUUAAUCUAUCGCUCAUCCUAAGGUGAAGUGAAUCUAGGCCUUUAUAGUUAAUUAAUAAUAAACCUUUCUUCUUCUUCUU